AAAAAACAUGUAAUCGUAAAAGGAUAAAUAGCAUCACCUCUCUGCCUCUCCCUCCAUAUCCUUUUCAAUCUCUAUGAAUAUGCACUCCGAGGCCCACAUCUGCCACUGCCUGACUCGCCUCGCCACCCUCCGCCGCCACUCCGCCCUCACAAUCCAUGCCGGCCGCCGCAAAACCGGAAUGCAGUUCGUCCAAGCAGUCACGCGCCUGGCCCGCGGGCUUCUCCACCUCGGCAUCAAGCCCGGCCACGUCAUCUCCCUCUCCGCUCUCAACAGUGAUUUAUACUUGGAAUGGUUGCUUGCGAUUACGUACGUCGGAGGAAUCGCUGCUCCGCUUAACUAUCGAUGGAGCAUGGAGGAGGCGAAAUCGGCGAUGGAGGUGGCGCGGCCGGUCAUGUUAGUGACGGAUUCCAGCUCCGGCUACUGGCAUUCCAAGUUCAAUAUCGACUCCGUUCCAUCUCUCCGGUGGCAUGUCCAAAUGGAUGGCCCUUUCAACGUUUUCAGCAACGAGUUGCUAGCGGAGCCUGCUCGAGUUAAUCCGGAGCUCGACUAUCUUUGGGCUCCUGAAAAUGUUGCAAUCAUAUGCUUUACCUCAGGCACUACUGGGAAGCCAAAGGGAGCCACUUUGAGCCAUUCUGCUUUAGUAAUUCAAUCCCUUGCAAAAAUUGCUACUGUUGGUUAUGAUGAGGAUGAUGUGUAUUUGCACACUGCGCCCUUGUGCCACAUAGGCGGGAUCUCGUCUGCCCUGGCCGUGCUGAUGGCCGGUGGCUGCCACGUCAUAGCGCCGAAAUUCGAGACUGAAUCGGCGUUUGAAGCUAUAAGAGACCACAAUGUCACUUCUUUGAUCACUGUUCCAACUAUGAUGGCUGAUUUCAUCUCUUUCCGUUUGGUGAAUCGAAGAUCUGAAAGUAUUGAGUCGGUGUCGAAGAUCUUGAACGGAGGUGGUGGUUUAUCGGCCAAGCUUGUUGAGCAAGCGGCUAAGGUCUUUCCGAGAGCAAAGAUUUUGUCUGCUUACGGAAUGACAGAGGCGUGUUCGUCUCUAACGUUCAUGACUCUCUGCGAUCCGGCAAAAGAGGUCGGCCGCUUGCCAUCGGACGACGUUGAGACGUCCAACUUAAGUAGUAGAGGAGGUGUUUGUGUGGGCAAACCUGCCCCACAUGUUGAACUAAAACUAUGUGUUGAAGAGUCUUGUGAUGGUGGGAGAAUAUUGAUGAGGGGUCCUCAUACAAUGCUUUAUUACUGGGGCCUACCUCCAUCGUUGGGUUCGAACCAGGUCGAUGAAGGCUGGUUGGAUACGGGAGAUAUCGGCCGUGUAGAUGAGCAAGGUAAUCUUUGGCUUGUUGGGCGUGCAAAGGAUAAGAUUAAGAGCGGUGGAGAGAACAUUUACCCUGAGGAGGUGGAGGGUGUCCUAUCCCAACAUUCGGGGAUCUCUGGUGUUGUUGUCAUUGGAGUUCCCGACUCGAGGCUGACAGAGAUGGUGAUCGGAUGCAUUCGGGUGAAGGAAGGGUGGCAGUGGACCGACUCCGACGUUGAUCACAGCCAAAACCGGUGCUUGUCAAGCACAAUUCUCAGACAAUUCUGCAAGGAUAAAUAUUUAACGGGGUUUAAGAUUCCAAGAAGAUUUGUGUUGUGGGAGAAGAAUUUUCCUUUGACGACAACUGGGAAAUUAAAGAGGGAUCAAGUCAGAGCACAACUUAUGUCUCAUGCCCAGAUUUUGUCCAGUAAAAUUUAGUGCAGAACGAGAUGAGAAACGAAAUAAAUUAGAGUUAGGAAAGGAGAAAUCCCAAUGAUAAAAGGCAGUUUUUUUAAUAUACGUGUUUCACCUAAA